AUGGCCGAGUCCCGCGAUGCAGGCAACGAGGAGCGGCCCAUGAUCACCCACGAGCCGGACGCCCAAGUCAAGGCCACGCAAACCACGCCGCACGCGAGCACUCCACCCAGCCCCGGAGAGGAGUCGUCGCCCACUGAGCACAAGUCGCCAUUCGCGCCGCCCCCGACGGCUGCCGUGUCGGUGAUGCCGCGGCGCUCUCAACCGUGGACGCCGACCGUGACAUCACCCCGUGUCCAGACGAAAGCUGGGUCGGCGACGACAGCGGCGCAGUCGCCGCCCCGCAAGUCGGCUACGGUGGCCGACGUUACGAGCCCGGAGCUUCACCGCAAGGAGCCGCUUGAGUGUGCGCCGUUCGGGGAGGAGAGGCCCAUCAGGACCGUGCACACAUUCUGCAUACACCUGAGCUUCUUCGGAAUGGGCAUGUACUACGCGCUGUUCGGUCCCACGGUGCAAGACAUGGCGGUGACCUUGGACGUGGGCCUGUUCCGUGUGCUGUUUCUGCUGACCGCCAGGGGCGUUGGCUACUUUUUCGGAGCCAUAUCUGGCGGGGUGCUACUGAGGCCCGUCAACCCGCAGGUGCUCCUCGUGGUGCUCGACCUGUUCCUCGCUAUGGCCUGCCUCGGCGUCUCCUACUUCGGCACGCUCUUCCAGAGCGAGCUACUCUUCGGGCUCGGGGGAUUCGCCCUCGGCGCAAUCAACAUCGUCGGUGUCCUGUGGAUGUCGGCGCUGUGGCGAGAGGCCAGCGGAUUCCUGCUGCAGACGCUCAGCUUCAUGCACUGCAUGGGCUGCACACUGGCGCCCAUGUUGGGCGAACCGUUCCUGACACAGCGCAGUGUGCUUCAGCCGCCCUCGGACAUGCCACCGGCCGUCGAGAGGGAGCUCGCCUACCUGACCAGCCUCGAAGACAAGGACUUCGUGUACGUCGCGUACGCCUACUGGGCCGUCGCCUUGUACGUGUUCGUCGUCGUCUUCUUGGUGCUGGUCGCGUACUUGGUCGACCCUAGGCACCAAGACCUCAGGGUCAUGGAAACGCAGUGUCCCGUGGAACCGUGCAGCGGAAUCGUAGUCGUGUUGUUCCUCUACCUGUUCGCGUCGGUCGCCAUGGAAAUAAUCUACAGCCAGCUCAUCGCCGCGUUCGCACUCCUCCUCGGCCACAACAAGACCGUGGCCUCGUACCUGACGUCCGCCUUUUGGGCCGCGUUUACCACAGUGCGGGGAGUUUCCAUGAUAUGGUUACAGCAGCACGGUUCCUUCAACGUGCUGCUCCUCUGCAACAUCUUCCUGGUGGCCCUGACUGGCCUCAACUCGGUCCUGGGCCACCACACGCGCGUCAUGUGGAUCGGCACGGCUCUGGCCGGCGCCGGCAUGGCUCCCGUGAUGCCAUCGACGCUGCUGCUCCUGCACGACUACUCUGGCGUCUCUCUCGGCCGGUUCACUCUGGCGGUUCUCGCCGUGGGAGCCAGCUCGGCGUUCGCACCGAUCUGCCUCGGGGCCGAAUUGGAGAGCGAACCGAUGCUCUUCCACUACGCACUCACUGCGCUGGCUGGCAUCUCGCUGUUGCUCGUGCUGGUCGGAAGGACGCUGGUGCGACGCGAUGAAGGAUACACCCCGCUGCAGCGUGCCGAUCAAGUAUUCCCAAUGAGAUGA